GGGGGCGCUGCUGUUAUCACAAAGCGGAAACUGGAACAGUCGGAUAAGAGGUCUCUUUGUUCCCUAUUUCUUCACCGCAAAUUACAUUCUCACAGUGUUCGCCGCAAGAAUAUCUUCGAUGGCGUCCCAAAUUAUCCGUGAGUGGUCUGGCAUCAAUACAUUCGCCCCUGCUACCCAGACUAAGUUGCUUGAACUCUUGGGAAAACUUAAACAAGAGAAUGUGAACUCCUUGACUAUACUUGUGAUGGGAAAAGGUGGUGUUGGAAAAUCUUCAACUGUCAACUCCAUCAUUGGGGAAAGAGUGGUUUCGAUCAGUCCUUUCCAGUCGGAAGGGCCACGACCUGUGAUGGUGUCACGAUCAAGGGCUGGUUUUACAUUGAACAUUAUCGACACUCCUGGUCUCAUUGAAGGGGGCUACAUCAAUGAUAUGGCACUUGAUAUAAUAAAGCGUUUUCUUUUGAACAAGACCAUAGAUGUGUUGCUUUAUGUGGAUCGCUUGGAUGUGUAUCGAGUGGACAACUUGGAUAAAUUGGUUGCCAAAGCUAUAACAGAUAGUUUUGGCAAAGGAAUAUGGAACAAGGCUAUAGUAGCACUCACGCAUGCCCAGUUCUCUCCACCAGAUGGAUUGCCUUAUGAUGACUUCUUCUCACAAAGAUCUGAGGCUCUCUUGAAGGUUCUUAGGUCAGGUGCCAGGAUAAAGAAAGAAGCCUUUCAGGUGCCCCUUUGGAUUUUUCUUGAGUGUAAGGCUGCUUCUAUGCCUGUUGUUUUAGUUGAGAACAGUGGGAGAUGCAACAAAAAUGACAGCGAUGAAAAGGUUCUUCCAAAUGGGACUGCUUGGAUUCCCCAUCUAGUCCAAACAAUCACAGAAAUCGCAUUGAACAAAAGUGUGUCUAUUCAUGUUGAUAAGAAUUUGAUUGAAGGGCCAAAUCCGAAUCAGAGAGGGAAAUUAUGGAUUCCACUCGUGUUUGCUCUUCAAUAUUUCCUUGUCAUGAAGCCAAUAAAAGGACUGAUCGAGAGGGACAUUGAAAAUGAGAGAAAGCCAGCAUGGGAGAAACGCGAUGCCGCAUUCCGGAAGAGAGAUUUUUAUUAGCUGUGCACUUCUGUACCCAUUAAGUUCCAUUUAUGUUUAGCUUCCUUUGCUUACAAAUUUGUUUAUUGUCCUUGUUUUAUGAGUGAACUUGGAUGGUUUUGGUUUACUGUAAUUGCUAGUAGUUUGCGGCAUAGGAAUUUAAUCAAGCUUUAGAGGAUUUCCUGUA